GUGGAAGGGAGAGAGCGAGAGAGAGCGUACGAGAGAGCAUCGGCAGAGUUGGACUGUCUCCGUGCGUUCCUCUGUUGCCGUUUUCCACACCGGACCCUGGAUCGCGGUCGCCACGGCGCCCGCUCACUCGCUCAGCCACGCUCGACCGCUUCCAGGGGAAGGUCUCCAGCUCCCCUCUCUCAGAACACCAGCUCCUGGAGGAUCCCCGGGCGCACCGGCAAACACGGGCUGCUUCCGGGGCCCCCGGCAUGCCUCUCCUGCCAGGACGUCCAGCUGAAAGUGACUGCUGGGCAGCCCGAUGACAGAUGACCUGCUCUCUGGUCUGGAUCACUCUCUCCUCCGGGGUCAGCGCAUGAACGAGAGCGCCUUCUACAGGCCACGUGGCUGACGGACCGGACCCCCUUUCAUUUUCAUUUCAUGAAGACGACCUUGCGGUGAAUCUUACGUGAGCACACACACACAGGCACGCACACACACACUCUCCGUUCUGGGUUGCCAGGUGUGCACGGUGGUGGAGUCGUCGGACGGGAGGGCUCUCUCUCUCUCUGAUUUACAAUUCAAUGGGGAUUGCUCCCGCCGUGCUGCGGGCCAUGGACCUUUUAAGACGGAGCAAGGUGAUGAGGCUGCGAGUGUGAAGGGCACUUCCAUUAGCAGGGCCCCCGAGAGGCCUGUGCACCGCCACCGCCCGCUCGCUCCCUCCCCUCCUCGCCCCCACUCGCCAGCCCGCCCGCCGGGCCUCGCAAACACAGAUACUCCUGGGGAAACGUUUCCAUUUAGCGUCUAUAAGAACCGCGGAUCGGAGUGCGCGUUGACCGGGGGAGGAGACCCGCUGUGGAAUGAACCCGCAGAUCGCAAACUGAGGAGAGGGUUGGAGGAAGAGGGACCCUUUGGCACCGCCAACACGUGGAUACAAUACAAUGCCCAUGUCCUCCCGGGCCUCGGGAGAGGGGGACACCGCGGCUGUGCGCUUUAGAUAUCCACCGUGCUGCUGCUGCCGCUGCCGCCGCUGGCUAGGAAUACAGAGUGUGUCCAAACCGGAGAUGGCUCGGACAGUUUAUUCAUGACCCACUUGCCCAGCCGCGCUCCCACAGCCAAAACAAACACGCUCCUGCUCUCUCACUGACGCUGCGCCCCAGCUCAACGUGGUCCAGCCCCCGCCUCUCAUCAAGCCCAGCCAAUCCAGGUUGGGGGUGGGGGGGGGGCGCAGAGCUGUCCCACGGCCCAGGGGCGUCGGAGGGAGGCGCCUCGCACCCCGGGUCGGCGGUGGGUGGAAUACAAGAGCGUGUGCUUGCGGAGGAACCAGAGUUGUUUUGUUUUUUUUUUAAAUAUGGUGGGAUGUACUGACAGCGUGUCUGGACCUGGGAAAGUUGGAUCUGGCCCGCUGAGGGACUCCUGAGGCGGAGACAGUGCUCGGGGAAAGGGAUAAUGCAUAUCCCCCCCGCGCUGGAGGAAGAAGUCACCAUGAGCAACGUCACUGUCCGUGACAACACUGAGUCCCUCAGCCGCACCAUGGCCACGGCGGCCCCCUACCCCGUCAGCUUCCAGGUGUCCCUGACCGGCUUCCUCAUGCUGGAGAUCGUGCUGGGCCUGAGCAGCAACCUGACGGUGCUGGUGCUCUACUGCAUGAAGUCCAACCUCAUCAACUCGGUCAGCAACGUGGUGACCAUGAACCUGCACGUGCUGGAUGUGAUCGUGUGCGUCUGCUGCAUCCCGCUGACCAUCGUGGUCAUCCUGCUCUCGCUGGAGGGCAACACGGUGCUGGUGUGCUGCUUCCACGAGGCCUGCGUGUCUUUCGCCAGCGUGGCCACGGCCGCCAACGUGCUGGCCAUCACGCUGGACCGCUACGACAUCUCCGUCAAGCCCGCCAACCGGGUGCUGACCAUGGGGCGGGCGGCGGCUCUGCUGGCCGCCAUCUGGGUGCUGUCCUUCCUCAGCUUCCUGGUGCCCUUCAUGGAGGUGGGCUUCUUCAGCCGCCCCGGCGCCGACCGCAACCAGACGGCGGCGGCGGCGACCGCCGCGGUGGCGCACACCAACCAGUACUACACCGAGCUGGGGCUGUACUACCACCUGCUGGCGCAGAUCCCCAUCUUCUUCUUCACCGCCGUGGUCAUGCUCGUCACCUACUCCAAGAUCAUGCAGGCGCUCAACAUCCGCAUCGGCGCGCGCUUCCACGCCAGCCAGAAGAAGAAGGCGCGCAAGAAGAAGGCCAUCUCGCUGACGGCCCAGCAGGAGGCCACCGACGCCUCGCAGAGCAGCGGCGGCCGCAACCCCACGCUGGGCAUGCGCACGUCCGUGUCGGUCAUCAUCGCCCUGCGGCGGGCGGUCAAGCGGCACCGCGAGCGCCGCGAGAGGCAGCGGCGGGUCUUCCGCAUGUCGCUGCUCAUCGUCUCCACCUUCCUGCUGUGCUGGACGCCCAUCACCGUGCUCAACACGGUGAUCCUGAGCGCCGGCCCCAGCGACCUCAUGGUGCGCCUGCGCCUGGGCUUCCUGGUCAUGGCCUACGGCACCACCAUCUUCCACCCGCUGCUCUACGCGUUCACCCGCCAGAAGUUCCAGAAGGUGCUCAAGAGCAAGAUGAAGAAGCGGGUGGUGUCCAUCGUGGAGGCCGACCCGCUGCCCAACAACACCGUCAUCCACAACUCCUGGAUCGACCCCAAGCGGAACAAGAAGGUGACUUUCGAGGAGAGCGAGCUCCGGCAGAAAUGCCUCUCCUCCGAGGACGUGGAGUAAAAGACUGAACUUUUCUGAACUCCCGUUUAAAAAAAAAAAAAAGAGAGAAAAAAAGAGAUGCCAAUAUUUCUCUCAUCAGGUAAAACAAAUGCAUCAAUAAGGGAACAACUUUAUCCAAAGCUGUUGAUGUAAAUACGAGUGUAUCAAAUGUACAGAGUUAACAGAGUGGGAUAAUUUAUUACUAUUUAUUGUGAAAACGAUAGGUUUCAUAGGACUGCACAAAAUAUGCUGUACAUAUUGCAUGGCUUUUUGUAUCUGUAACAAUACACAUUGUGUAUAUACUUUAAACAUGUAUAUAAUAUAUAUGUACAUAAAAUAGACACUU